UGGUAGUGGUGUAGUGGGUUAGGUUUAGUGGAGUAGGUGAUGUGGUAGUGGUGUAGUGGGUUAGGUUUAGUGGAGUAGGUGAGGUGGUAGUGGUGGUAGGUGAUGGUAAAUUCUAACAGAACCUCUAGCCAUCUCAAUGAUGCUUGUAAAAGUAGCACUAGAAAUGUCCAUAUUUAUUCUUAGAUUUCGUUGAUUUUGGGCAGUUGGACCUCCCUAGGGCACCAAUUAAAUGUUCUAAGAUGCCCUUGAUUAUGAUCUUUUUUGGGUUCCCCUCAAUUGCACGAAAGAUUCAAAUCAACUCCUUACGAUCCAUGUUUCCAAGGUGUGAUUAUAAGUUUUAUAUUGGAUGCUAGCCUACCACAACCCUACACAUUUCUUUCGGAUUGAGACUGGCUCUCAAGCACAGAGAAUGUACUUUUUAACAGAUUGGAGACUUCGACUAUUUUUUAUAUGCAUUUAACUAUAUCAUCUAAAUUGGUUUGUGUUUCUAUUAAGGUUGUCAAUCACAUGGCAAUGCAACUGUUAGUCAGGUUUCACUUGCACCGAAGAGGACUUGAUUAGUCGAUUUGCUUCUUGUGGACUAGGAGACACAUUUUAUCUAGCAACUUUAUGCUAUACUCUUUUGAUUGAAUGUUUAGGAUGUUUGUUCAACGAAUAUAGGUAGAGCAUUAACUUUCAAAGACCAAUGGAAUCAUCUGUUGGUUGUUUUGGAUAUCUCCUUUGAGAUGAUAUUUUCGGUUACAUGUUUUCCAAACAUAAAUAAUAACUGUUAAAUUAUUUCCAGAAGAUUUGUGGUUGUCUUUUGUUAGGAAGUCAUUAAAACUUGAAAUUGAUCCAAGAUUCCAAGUUCUCAGAGAAAGAUAUGAUUUGGGAUCUUAUCUGAAAGUUGUCUGUUAUUGUAUAUCUUAGAAUCUGCCCUAUCUGGCAUAUCACAGAAUCUUAAAUAACUUGACUUGAAAUAAUUAUUCAGUUGUAUGUUAUUAUAUAGGUAGAGCAUUGUUACAAAUUACUUGACUUGAAAUAAUUAUUCAGUAUUUUCUUCAUGUGGAUAUCUGCUGGUGCAUGGUUUUCUGUGUAUAUUUGAAUAUACCCACUAUUUGCCAUUGUGAAGUGUCUUUUUGUUAUUUAAUUUUAAUCACAAAAUGAUUGAUAUGAAUAGAUGUUAAAUUUAUUUAUCUAUUAGUUGUUUUACUUUUUGUGCUAACUUUAGCCACUUAUUGUUUAUUCACUUUUUGUAGAUGGAUAAUAAUUAUGCCACUAAGAAAAGGAGAAAGGACCUUAUGGAGGAAUUUGUAGCCCUCCAACAUGUUGUUUCAUCCAUUAAUUAUGCAUGUGCUAUGUAUAUAGUGAUUUUACAUGCUGCAUUUAAGAAGAAAGAAAUUAGGUUGCCACUACCUCGAUCACCUCACCCCUAUGGAAAUCAAAUUGACCCUUUGAAUAGAUUGGUCAAAGAUAGUGACAUAAAUUGUCAUGACCAACUUCAGAUGAAUAGGCGUACUUUCAUGCUUUUAUGUGGGUUGGUGCGAAGUGUUGGAUUGUCUUAUUCAAAAUAUGUUGUCUUAGAGGAGCAAGUAGCAAUGUUUUUGAAUGUGCUUGCACAUCAUACUAAGAACCGCAAAAUUUAAUUUAAUUUCAUGCGGAGUAGUCAAACAGUUAGUAAGCACUUCAAUAAUGUUCUCAAGGUUGUGUUGCGCCCCUAUGGUCUCCUCCUUAAGAAGCCUGAACCAAUAACUGCUAAUUGUACAGAUGAUAGGUGGAGUUGUUUUCAGGUACAAUAUAUUUACAACUUAGCUUAAUUAGCGAAUUAUAUUUUUGUAUUGCCUAUAUUAAUUUUAUAAUAUUGUUUAAUUUUUGGAAUUAUCUUGGUGCUUUAGAUGGAACCUAUGUUAAGGUUCUUGCCCCUGCAAUAGACAAACCAAGGAAUAGAACGAGAAAGGGAGAAAUUGCCACAAAUGUAUUGGGUGUGUGCUCACAAGACAUGCAAUUCAUAUAUGUCUUGCCUGGAUGGGAAGGAUCUGCUUCUGACUCUAGGGUAGUUAGAGAUGCUGUCAGUAGACUCAAUGAGCUGAAAGUGCCUACUGUUAUGAUAAUUAUAUAAGUUAUAUAUAUAAGUACACUAUAUCUAUAUUAAAACAAUUAUUUUUGUACAUACAUAGUGCAACCAUUUUACAUAAUUACAGGUCACUACUAUCUCAUAGAUGCAGGUUACACAAAUGGGUAGGGUUUUCUUGCACCAUAUAGAGGACAACGUUACCAUCUUUCGACAUGAAGAGAAGGGGGUGCCCAAACAACUUCACAAGAGUUUUUUAACAUGAGGCACUCUUCUGCUCGUAAUGUCAUUGAGAGGUGUUUUGGCCUACUUAAAAUGAGGUGGGCAAUAUUGAGGAUAUAUUCUUACUUUCCAAUUAAGACUCAAUUUCGUAUUAUCACUGCAUGUUGCCUUCUCCACAAUCUCAUAUAACGUGAAAUGCCUAUGGAUCUCGCUGAUGAUGAGAAUGAGGAAAUGAAUCCUCCUCCUCCUCCUCCGGCUACUGAAUUAGGAGAUGAAAUAAUUGACGUUGUUGAAGCAUCUGAUCAAUGGAGUGAAUGGAAAACAGCCUUGGCAACCCAAAUGCUUAAUGAAUGGCAAGCAAGUAGAGGCCAAUAAAUUUGUGUUGUAUAACAAUUUUUAUUUAAUAGUGAGAGUUUAUAAUGACAUGUAAUUCAAACCAUAUUUGUUUAGUUUUUGUGUGAUAUUUGUGAGAAAUAUUAUGUAAGUUGAUUUGUUAUUUAUGAUUGACAUGUGUGUUAUGAUUUAAACUCAUGAUAUACAUACAUAUAUAUAUAUAUAUAAGUAUGGAUGACACAGGUACCACUAGCUCUCAUAAAAAGGGGAAACCUCGAAAGUUUUGGAAUAACCGUGAGGAAGUCUUCCUCAUUACAACCAUGAAGGAUGUGACCGCAAGUAAUCCCAAGUGGAAGCUUGAUAAUAAUCAGUUUAGGGCAGGCUUCUACAAUGAAUGUGAAAAGAAGAUCUUAAGUGCAUUUCUUGGAACUGAUCUUCGAGCCACUCCUCACAUCGACUCAAAGAUUAAGUUGUGCAGGAAACAAUAUAACACUCUUCAAGAUAUGUUAAAGAUAAGUGGUUUUGGUUGGGAUGAUGAACAAAAGAUGGUGCUAGUUGAUAGUGACGACGUAUGGUUGAACUAUGUCAGGAGGGUGCCGGAUGCAAAAGGGAUGCGAAAUAGGCCAUUCCCGUUCUAUGAAGAUUGGCUUAUUCUAUUUGGGAAGGAUAGGGCGACUUGUGAACUAGCUAAGGAUCCUGCUGAUGCAGUUGCAGCCAUGGAAAAGGAAGAUGCGAAUGCAACUACAGAAGAAGGAGAACAGUCUCCUGUUGAACAGUUUAGUAUGAACAUGGGUGAUAUGGACUACUCAAUGUCUACUUCAAGUAAUAUUUCCAACCGUGCUGACUCUACUAAAACUAGAAAAAAAAUUGGCUCGACAUACUGAGAGGAUUCCCACUGAACUAUCUGAGAUGGCAAAAAAUCUUGGAUCAUUCAUUGAGAACACUAAUACUACGAUGGUGGAGAUUGCUCAUAGGAUAGGAUAUUCACAUGACCUAUCCCAACAAAGGAGGUUGGUUAAUGAAAAACUUCUGAAGUUGCCAAUGAGUACUACCUAAAGGUUGAUGGCAGCAUCUAUGAUAGUGAAAGAUGAAGACAAAGUUGACUUGUUCUUCAGUUUAGAUGAGAAUGACAAGAUAGAGUGGGUUUCUUUGUUA